AUGAUUUUCACCUCCACCUUGUCCUGGUCCUCCUCCACCUCCCGGACUCUCUACUCUCAUAUCGGACUCCGCGCUUUCAUCUUUCUGCACUUGCUCCUCGUGCAGCCGUGCCUCCAUCACCCGCAGCCGUGCCACAUUUUGGCGCAGAUUGGACACACAGUGCGCGUCGGUGCGCUCUUGCCCGCGCAAAGAGCCGCUCGUGUCCAGGUCCAAGCGGCACUGACCCGAGCUGCUACAGGCAUGACCCGGGACGGAGACAACUUCUUACCCUACAACCUAAGUCUGGAACUCGUGACCCGGCAGCCCGCGGCCGCAGACCCGGAGUCCCUGUUCCGGUGCGUGUGCCAGGGUGUGGUGGUGCAAGGAGUGUCCGCGGUGCUCGCCUUCCCCCAGAGCCGCGAGGAGCUGCUACAGGUGGAGUUCAUGGCGUCGUUUUUGGAGAUCCCCUUCAUCAGCGUCAUUGAGCACGGGGAGCCGCUGGACUCACAGAAUCGGUUCCACCUGCAGAUGGUGAAAGGCGUCCCGGAGUCAGGCCUGUCUAAUCUGUUGCUGACGGUGCUGAAGCGCUCGGGCUGGAGGGAGGGGACGGUGGUGCUGUGUCGUGGGUGGGAGGAGGCGCGGGGCCUCCUGGAGCUGCUCGAUGAUCGGACAGACGUGUCGUGGGGCAGUAGUAACAGCUGGCACCUGAGGGCGCUAUUGAACCUGACCCAGUCGGCUCAUGACGACACUCAGAUCCACGACUUCCUGUCCCGUCACUUCAGACACACACAGCCCGCGCCCGCCUCCGUGCUGCUGUUUGGGGCGGACCCUCAGUGCGCUGCUGCGGUGCUACACAGCGCUCAGGACCUGGGCCUCACCCUACCUAUGGUGCACUGGGUCCUGGGACAGCCGCUCAGCCCUGAGGCCCUGCAGGCCAUCGGACUGCCCCUAGGGCUGCUGGCCUAUGGAGAGGUGGAGCAGAAACCUCUGGACUUCUACAUCCGGGACGCUCUGCAGCUGCUGUCCCGAGCUAUCACCACAGCAACCAUGAUCCGACCAGACCUGGCUCUGAUCCAGAACAUGGUGAACUGCUACGACAAGCCCAGCCGCGAGGAGGUGCAGUCCUCAGGGGAGUACCUCUCCAGCUUCCUGCCAAACACAUCCUUCUUGGGCCUGACUGGACCAGUGGAGGUCGACCAGAACCGUUCUGUGGUGCUCACCGCUCAGCGCUUCCACAUUUGGAGCCUUCGGCGGGACGCUCUGGGACAGCCCACCUGGGUGACUGUGGGGAGCUGGGAUGGGGGGCACCUGCAGGUGGAGGACCAGGGAGUGUGGCAGGGACCCAAGCCCCGGUACAGGAGCGAUGGAGCAGGGAGGAGCAAGGGCCGUUGGAGGCCGGGUAUGCCUGCGGCAGGGAGCAGGGUGCGAGUGGUGACAUUAGUGGAGCACCCCUUUGUGUUUACGAGGGAUGUGGACGAGGACAGCAGCUGUCCCGCAGGGCAGUUCUGCUUGGAUGCAGGGACAAAUAAUUCCGAAAUUUUGGCACGAUAUUUUCAUGAGGUUGGUCGAGGGAAUGCCAGCGUCCUGCCCCGAGAGGCGGCUAAGUGCUGUUAUGGAUACUGCAUUGACUUGCUGGAGAAGCUCUCUGAGGAUCUAGGGUUCGAGUUUGACUUGUACAUAGUUGGAGACGGGAAGUACGGGGCGUGGAAGGGCGGCCGCUGGACAGGCCUGGUGGGAGACCUUCUGAAUGGGUUGGCAGACAUGGCCGUCACUUCCUUCAGUAUCAACUCUGCUCGCAGUCAGGUGAUUGACUUUACCUCUCCCUUCUUUUCCACCAGCCUGGGCAUUCUGGUGCGCAGUAAGGAUACAGCAGCACCAAUAGGUGCCUUCAUGUGGCCCCUGCACUGGUCCAUGUGGGUGGGCAUCUUCUUGGCCCUCCACAUCACUGCUCUGUUCCUCACGCUGUAUGAGUGGAAAAGUCCAUUUGGGAUGACACCACAUGGGCGGAAUCGUAUGAGAGUAUUUUCUUACUCGUCUGCUCUGAACCUGUGCUACGCCAUCUUGUUUGGGAGGACCGUGUCUUCAAAGACCCCUAAAUGCUGGACAGGCCGCUUCCUCAUGAACCUGUGGGCCAUCUUCUGUCUACUGGUGCUGUCCAGCUACACAGCUAAUCUGGCUGCGGUCAUGGUCGGAGAGAAGACGUUUGAAGAGGUCACAGGGAUCCAUGAUGCUAAGCUGCACCAUCCGUCUCGGGGUUUUCGUUUUGGUACAGUGCGUGAGAGCAGCGCCGAGGAUUACAUGAAGAAGAGUUUUCCAGAGAUGCACGAGUACAUGAGACGCUUCAAUGAGCCCACCACGCCAGAUGGGGUCGCCACUCUGAAGACAGAUCCCCCUCAGCUCGAUGCAUUCAUCAUGGACAAAGCCCUCCUGGACUAUGAAGUGUCCAUUGACGCUGACUGCAAACUGGCCACUGUGGGGAAACCGUUCGCUAUAGAAGGUUAUGGUAUAGGCCUCCCUCAGAACUCUCCCCUCACCUCAAACAUGUCCGAGUUCAUCAGCAGAUACAAGUCAGACGGUUACAUGGACCUUCUCCACGACAAGUGGUACAAGAUGGUUCCCUGUGGCAACCGGGGCUUUGUCGUCACCGAGACUCUUCAGAUGGGCAUCAGUCACUUCUCUGGCCUGUUCGUGCUGCUGUGUGUGGGUGUGGCCGGGGCCUUGUUGACUCUGGCUGGAGAACAUGGAUUCUUCAGGUUCAUUCUGCCGCACAUCCGCAGACGACAGAACCUCAAAUACUGGCUGCACACCUCUCAGAAAAUCCACCGAGCUUUGAACAUGACCUAUGAAGAUGUGAAGAAGCAGCGCGCAGAACGAGAGAAAAGCUGUAACCUGGAGAAGUCCCAGCCCCCUCCGGGACCAGCCCCACCCGCCGCAGGAGCUGCAGCCAAGUGGAACAAUGAGACCCCAAAGGAAGAGGCCACAGCUGCGGCCCUGGACGCCCGAGACUUUAAACGUGUCCACUUCCACCUGGAGACCCUGAACACACGGCGGCUGCUGGCACGCCUGGCUGCAUCUGACACCAAAGCAGCGGUGGGUAAAAGCGACGGCCCCCCGCGGCCUGAGCCCGUGGAGAAACCAAAGCCUGCGUUUGGCCGGGUGUGUGAGAACGGGGGACCUGCACCAUCUUUGGCAAGUCUGAUUCUAGCUUUACCUAAAACAUCUGCCAGCACCUCCUCCACCUCCUCUGCUGCUAUUCGUACAAAUGUAUCGACUCCGCGAACAGUCGCCCCUCCCUCCAGUACAACAGCCCCGCCCACAACCGCAGAGACCACACCCCCUGUUGUUGUGGCUCCGCCCCGUCCUGGUGAACUAGAGGAGUUACAGGUGCAAAUUGAAGAAAUGCGUGAGCGACUGAAAGUAGCACUGGCCCGCAGGGCUGAAAUACAAACCACUCUGGCCAAACCUGCUCCAACAGUAACAGCCAUGACCACAACAUCAUGUGGCCCCACUCCUACUGUGUCCACUGUGUCCACUGUGUCCACUGUGUCCACCGUCACCACGGUAACACCGCUUCCAGCGAACACUAAAUGUGUGACCACAAUGACAGACCUCCCUCACAAAGUCCUGUCCAAAGUGCGGCCCUUCCCCAGCAGACUGUCCAAUGAGAGAAGGUGAUGCUCCGCAGGGCCGA